AUGCCAAAGGCUAAAAUUUCGAGUAUUCCCAAUUUUGAAGAAUUACCAUGUACCGCUGCAACUCGAGCAAUUGUUUCAUCAAAAAAUCGUUUUCUUAAUAUUUUACCUAUUGAUGCUACACGAGUUAUUCUUAGUCUAUUAAAUGAUGAUCCAUCUACAGAUUAUAUCAAUGGCAAUUAUAUUUCGGGUUAUAAAUGUCCAAAUAAAUUUAUUGCAACACAAGGUAAAAUAUAUCUUAUUAGAAAUAAUCUUUGA